ACUCUCUCUCAGUCUCUGAUUGGCCACCGUGUGAACAUGGGACCUCGCACCCACAACCAUGGAAUGCGCAAUUUAUCAGCAAUUGAGCAUCACGUGGACUUGACCGAAAGGGUUGGGGGUUGUUCCUGAGAUGCUUAGGGUUAGGACAUGGGGCAGGAGUGUUGAGCCAGAAGCAGUAUACUACAUGACUACAUGACUACAUGAUCCAGCCAGCCAAGGAGGAUUACUAAAGAGCUUUUGUUUAUUAAAUAAGAAGCAGAAAGCACACUGGAUAUAUCCUAAAGCAUGGCUGAAGGGGGCUGUGCGAAGACCGGAGACGAGGAAACGCAGAACUCCGAGGAGGACUCGGCCUCGUUCAGCGGCAGCGGCGUGUGCAAGUGGUUCAACGUGCGCAUGGGCUUCGGCUUCCUGUCCAUGACGAGCAGAGACGGCGCUCCGCUCGACCAUCCUGUCGACGUCUUCGUACAUCAGAGCAAGCUUCACAUGGAUGGCUUCCGCAGUCUGAAAGAGGGAGAGCCGGUGGAGUUCACCUUUAAGAAGUCAUCAAAAGGCCUGGAGUCUCUGCGGGUAACGGGUCCUGGAGGGGCGCCAUGUGCAGGCAGUGAGAAGAGACCCAAAGGUGCCCAGAAACGGCGCUCUAAAGGGGAUCGGUGUUAUAACUGCGGUGGCCCGGACCAUCAUGCCAAAGAAUGCCAGCUGCCCCCUCAGCCCAAGAAGUGCCAUUUUUGCCAAAGCAUGUCUCACAUGGUAGCCAACUGUCCAAUCAAAGCACAGCAGGCAUCGCCGGGAUCUCAGGGAACCCCCGCCUCACUGGCAGGAGAAGAAAUCCUGAGCCACACAGCCUCACCACCUGAUACCUCUGAGUGAAUGCGGGACGGUGAAACGGGAUUACAGUCAGGGAUAACACAAGCACCAAUCAUGCUGCUCUUGAACCUAUCUCAGGUUUUUACUUUUCUAACAGCAUUAAUGAAUGUCGUCUCUCACUAGCGUGACAUUAUAGUAAAAAUCAGUCAUUUAGAAUAGUGAGAGAUUUUUCUUUUAAAUACUUCAGUAUACUAAAGACUAUGUAACCUUGCGGUGUGGAUCAAACUUUUGCAUUUUGGUCUUAAUAUGUUUGGAUUCUGUCAUAUUUUUUUCUGCCACUUCAGUUCUAUUCAUGCAAGAUGAAGAUUGAAGAAAUUGGUCCAUUUAAGAGUGAUGAAUUUCAUAGAUCUUCAUUUGCAGGAUUGUAGCAGGGAUGUGAUAGUGUAAUUUUUUUCUGUUAGCUAGCUAAGUGUCUUAGAUUUGUAUGGAAACAAUCAAAAACAAACUAUGUUUACAUAUCGCAAUAAGCCUGGAUGCUAAAUCACAUUUGUGAAGCACAUUUUUUUUCUUUCUCAUUUUAGGAAGACAAUGCCAAUGUUGUCAUUUCAUUUUUCAAAGCCAAAGAACAUAAAUUCAUUUACUGCUUUUGUAUUUACUGUUAUACUUGAUUUCGAGUGAAUGAGGUUUGCCAUAGACCUCUUCAUGGUUUACGUAGUUUGAUUCCCAUAGCCAGUUGAAUGUUAUGAUUAAUGAUGAAGCUGUUGAACCAUGUGAACAUUAUACCAUUACAUGCACUGUUGUGCAGUGUGAAUUAUCCUGGGCCUGCAUUUCCAAAUAUUGCCUAGUAAUUGCUGUAAGAUUACACUGACCAUGUGUCCCAAUACCGUUCUUAACACGCACUUAUCCCCUCACAACCCUUGGCAGCAAGCACAAACCGUUAGCAGUGAUUUCCUUCACUUUUUAGCUAUAUAUAUAUAUAUAUAUAUAUAUAUAUAUAUAUAUAUAUAUAUAUAUAUAUAUAUGUAUGUAUAUAUGUACAGUACUGUGUAAAAGUCUUAGGCAACCUAUUUUUUUAGUACAAACUUUGUUAUAGAUUUUUAUUUUAUAGCUUCUAUAUUAUCGAUUCAGUACAAAAACACUUUAGAUUUCCAAACAUUAGUUUUCCAGCACAAAAUUAAAUGUUACAGAAAAAUGUUUGUAUGUCAGUAAAGAAAGCAGCAUAUUACAUAAGAGACCAAUAAGAAGCGAGUCGACAGUCAAAGUCUCCAGAACUGUGGCUGGUUCUGCAAGAUGCUCAGUAACACUUACAGCUCAUUUCCUUAUAAAACUGCACAAAUUGUACCUGAGACUAUUUUUUUUUAAAGCGAAAGAUCAUCACACCAACUUUGACUUUGUUUCAUUUAUUACUGUUUACUGCUCUUUAUAGUAUUUUUUUUUUAAAGUAGAAACAUUUAGUUUCAUUAUUUUUGAAGGCAUCUUUGUUAUACAGCAUUUCUUUGCAUGUGCCUAAGACUUUUGCACAGUACUGUAUAUAUGUAUGUAUGUGUGUAUGUGUGUGUGUGUGUGUAUAUAUACACACACACACACACACACAUAUCAGCAUGAUGAUGACUAGCUGCAAAGCUGGCUUGCAAAUGAGAUAGAAUAAAUGAGAAGAAUAAAGAUAAAGUAAAGAAGUUAUGUUAGCUGUCAGGUAUAGACAGAGUAGUUGGAUAUACAGUAUAUAAAACCCAAUCUGAAAGUCACCUAACAAAUUUUAUAGUUUUUAUUUCUCUUGUUUACAUUCCAUCAUCCACUUCUAGCAUCAGAUUCCAAUGUCUACUGGCCAAGGUCUGCUCCUAUGUGUACAGUCAUAUGACCCUGAGAUCGACAAGUGCAGUGUUAAGAGCAGUAUUGGAGUAUCACUUUAUUUUUUGAUCAUACAUUUGGGAAUCCAUGGCCAAGUUAGCUUAUUGCACUGUCACUUGUCAUUUCAAUUCAGAGAGGUUAUCAUUGGUGACUAUUUAAUGUUAGCUGGUUACAUUAAACUUUCUAAUCCCAACAAAUCAGGGCAUUUCAGAGAAAAUUCCCAAAUGGGGAAUCAUUCUGCUCAUAUUUGUUAUAUGAGGGAAAAAAAAACUGUUUAGAUAUGGCUAGUAAAGGAGAUUAUUUUUUUCCGGAUGCUUAUUAUUCCAGUUUUAGAGUGAAUGGUAAGUUUACUCAGAGUUGACUCUUCUUUUAUAGGGGACUCUGAUGAACUUGACCAUGUUCUAAUAUAAAUACUAAUUGUAAUCUUUGUAUAACUUGAUUAUUUAUUUGUAGCUCAGGUUUACCUCAGAAUUUAUGUUAACAUGGUGGAGAUACUAGUUCUCAAUCACAGCUAGAUUUAGGCUAUUAAAAUAUUCUUGUAAUAUUCGUUGCAGGUAUAAGCUUGUGAUCAGUGUAUUCUAUAUAUUUAAUCUAUGCCAAAUGUGAAGCAAUCCAAAUGCUCCACUAACUAUAUUUAAAGGGCAUUCAAAGUGAACCUAACUUUCAGUUAAAUAUUUCAGCCAUAUUGUCACUAUGACUACAGUCAGGUAAUUGAGAGUUCCUUGCUUGUUUCUGUCUCAGGGAAAAUCACAAAUGUGGGCUUUCUGGAAAGGACGAAAAUGAUCUAAAAUGCGUUGCCAGUUUGAUUACAAAAAAAAAAAAAAAAAAAAAGAUACACAUCUUGCCCAAAAUCAAGCCAAAAUUAUAACGGUACUCUGGUAUAUUGUAUUAGAAAACCCUGUUGCUUUAAAAGGAUGUUUGAGAAAGUUUUCAGGCCAUUUUGAAUGUCUCAUAGUAAAUCGAAGUGACUGAUUUGUGGUAUAACCUUGAAGAUAUUAUCCCACUUAGCCGAAGAGCAUUAUCAGUUAGGAAAUUCAAAUGCCAUUUAAACCCUGUCUUAUGCAGUUUUAUUAAACACUGUAUAUGAUGAUCUUAAGAAACAUUGCAUAUGUGAAUCAUAUGUGAAUGAUUAGCCAUUUAGUUGAGGAGCCUAGACUUACAUUUAUGUGCCAUCAAACGGUUGGUGAGAAUUAUUUUUAGCAUCUGGAUUUAUACUUUAGAGUAAUCUGUACCAUAAAACAGACACAUGUCCAUUUGUACUGCCAAAUCAAUCACUUUUGAAAUGCAUGAGACCUGCUCGAGUCUUGUAUAUUGUUCUUGUAUAUUUCCCCACAUAAUAAUAUAAUUGUUUUAUUCUCUGUUUGCAUGGUAGUUGAUGUUAGAGUAGAAUAGUGCCAUGUAGGCAUAGCUUUUCAGUUGAAAACAAAGCUGCUGAUUAGUAGUGAUUAUAAGUAUUCCAACUGAGUAUUUGCUGUGUCUACAGUAAUCUUUUUUUCUUGUUGUAUUUGGGACUGGGUUAUUUCUUCCUUCCUUUUUUUUAAAGAGAAAACAAGGCAUAUACCUUGUUCAGAAUCUAUACAAGUCUACCUCAGGAUGUUGAAAUGUAAGUGGACCUGGACUGAGUCUGCCCCUCUAACCAGUGCAGUGUCCAAUUAAAUGUGUAAUGUGAAAGGUGUACGUGUGUGUAUGUGUGUGUGCAUGUUAUUUAGUUUUUAGUGCUAAAAUAAUUUCGGGUGUAAUAGCAAAGUCAGGUGUUGUCAGACUUGGAAUGCAAGUUCUUUUGCAAGAUAUCAGUGACUUUAGAACAAAAGCUGAAAUGCUGUUAGAAAUUCAUGUUGAGGUUAAAAUACACGCAGUAGUUUGUGUGAACCACUUAAACAUUGUCUUGUCAUUUUCUCUGGAGAAGACAACACUGCUAUCAGUGUGAAAAAUUCUCAAAAAUUUUAAUGGAUGGAAUCAUUAAAGAUGAGAAUUAGACCACUGUUAUUCCUAAACAAAUCACGAGGAGCAAUUUCAUAAAUGUCAAAAUAUCUUAAAAUGUGCCUAUAAAAACUGCAUUGUGCACAAUGGGUACUUUUUCCAAGCCAUUUGAAAUAGAUACAAAUCGAAAAUCUGUACUUCGAAUUGACACGUUUUCUAAGUUCAUUCAUGUAUUUAAUGACUUCAGUCGGACAUUACGUAUUUAAUAAUUGAUGCUCAUGGUUUUUGUUUGAAGCACAAGCAGGAAUCACCUCUCAUUUAUAGAAUAUUCUUUGUGGCUUGAGUUUGUGUUGUUUUGUACAUUUUAUGUUGCCGUCAAACCUGUGCAUUACAUUCAGUGUUCAGUGAAGGUUGAAAUACCUAUUUUGUAUUCAAAUGACCAAAGAAUGUAGCCAUGUUGUGGCAAGCUAGUGGGUUCAUUAUGGAGCCCCAAAUGAAUGGCCUCAACAAUCACCCAAGUACAUGGGUUCAGCUGUCAGCUUUAUCUUUUUCAACAUAUUGUGACAAAGCAUGCAAAGAAUGUUGUGACCAAGAAUGUUUUAGUGUGACUAUUCACUACUUGCUUUCUAGUGAAUAAAUAUCUUUAAAUAUUA